UUGUAGUAAUAGCCCACUUUUCCAGCACCUUCUAGUACUCUCUCUCUCUCCCUCUCUCUCUCUCUUAUAUACACACCCAAGAGUAAAGACAGAGACCUGGGUUUUAGUUCAGUAAGGCAUAACAUCAAAACUUGGAGUGCAUAACAAAAUGAAGCCAAUCGACGACAAGAAAGACAAGGUGACGAUCGGGGCGGUGACCCACGACGAGGAGGGCCGUAAGAGGGUGGAGAAGAUGGAGCUCCCCACCCACAACAUCGACAGCAUCAAGUACGUCGAGAAGAAGCUCAUAGACAAAGGCGUGCAGCGACUCGAACGCCACCCGAGAGACGGGACUGGGAUCGGGAGGCCGCCGCCUAAGUCGGGCCACGGCGGCAAGUACACUUGGGAGGGACCUGGCGACGAGGUGGAAGUUGAGAUGGACCCGGUGCCGCCGGCGAUCGACGAGAGGGACCCGAACUACGUGGAUGAGGAGACGGAGAAGAAGAUUGUGAAGGGGGAGGACGAUGAUGCGGCGGGGUUGGUUGUGGGGGAGGUGGAGGUAGCGAAGGCGGCGAAGGACAGGGAGGGGGUUGCUAGAAUUGAGGUGGUUAGUCCUCGUCACCUCCAGACUUAAGUUGCUGAUCUUUGUAACGUAACGGUGUACUUGAAGAGCUUACUAAAAUUAAAAUGUUGUGACCUGUCUUGCGUGUAAUUAUUUGGUUUUGCAUGAAAAAUUAUGUAUGCUUUCUUUUAAUAAAUAUGCUUUAAUUUUGUAUUGAAUUUUAUGAUAACAUUUCACUUUCUAAA